CAACACACUUAAGGAAGCUGAGAAUAAGGAGGAAGGUAUUUGACUUCUGAGCGGAGAUGGCUCAACAGUGACUCAAGAAUGAACAAUACGUCAGAAACCAGUAAACCAUCUAUGGAGAAUGCAGAUGGCAGCACAGGCACGCAAACCAAUGGUCUGGACUUUCAGAAGCAGCCUGUGCCUGUUGGAGGAGCAAUCUCAACAGCCCAGGCCCAAGCUUUCCUUGGACAUCUCCAUCAGGUCCAGCUCGCUGGAACAAGUUUACAGGCUGCUGCUCAGUCUUUAAAUGUACAGGCUAAAUCUAAUGAAGAAUCGGGGGAUUCACAGCAGCCGAACCAGCCUUCCCAGCAGCCUUCAGUGCAGACAGCCAUUCCCCAGACUCAGCUUAUGCUGGCUGGAGGACAGAUAACUGGGCUCACGUUGACACCAGCCCAGCAGCAGUUGCUACUACAGCAGGCACAAGCACAGGCACAGCUGCUGGCAGCUGCGGUGCAGCAGCACUCUGCCAGCCAGCAGCACAGCGCUGCUGGGGCCACCAUCUCAGCCUCCGCCGCCACGCCCAUGACGCAGAUCCCCCUGUCGCAGCCCAUCCAGAUCGCACAGGAUCUUCAGCAACUGCAACAGCUUCAACAGCAAAAUCUCAACCUGCAGCAGUUUGUGUUGGUGCAUCCAACCACCAACCUGCAGCCCGCGCAGUUCAUCAUCUCCCAGACGCCCCAGGGCCAGCAGGGUCUCCUGCAAGCGCAAAAUCUUUUAACGCAACUACCUCAGCAAAGCCAAGCCAACCUCCUACAGUCGCAGCCAAGCAUCACCCUCACCUCCCAGCCAGCAACCCCAACACGCACAAUAGCAGCGACUCCAAUUCAGACACUUCCACAGAGCCAGACAACACCAAAACGAAUUGAUACUCCCAGCUUGGAGGAGCCCAGUGACCUUGAGGAGCUUGAGCAGUUUGCCAAGACCUUCAAACAAAGACGAAUCAAACUCGGAUUCACUCAGGGUGAUGUUGGGCUCGCUAUGGGUAAACUAUAUGGAAACGACUUCAGCCAGACCACCAUCUCUCGCUUUGAAGCCCUGAACCUCAGCUUUAAGAACAUGUGCAAGUUAAAGCCACUUUUAGAGAAGUGGCUAAAUGAUGCGGAGAACCUCUCAUCUGAUUCGUCUGUCUCCAGCCCAAGUGCCCUAAAUUCUCCAGGGCAGGGAGUGGAGGGUUUGAAUCGUAGGAGGAAGAAACGCACCAGCAUAGAGACCAACAUCCGUGCGGCCUUAGAGAAGAGUUUCUUGGAGAAUCAAAAGCCUACCUCAGAAGAGAUCACCUUGAUUGCUGAACAGCUCAAUAUGGAGAAAGAGGUGAUUCGUGUUUGGUUUUGUAACCGACGCCAGAAAGAAAAAAGAAUCAACCCACCAAGCAGUGGUGGGACCAGCAGCUCACCUAUCAAAGCGAUUUUCCCCAGCCCAACCUCACUGGUGGCAACCACACCAAGCCUUGUGACAAGCAGUACAGCAGCUACCCUCACAGUCAACCCCGUCCUCCCCCUGACCAGCGCUGCGGUGACUAAUCUCUCUGUUACAGGCACUACAGAUACCACGUCCAACAACACAGCCACCGUGAUUUCCACAGCCCCUCCUGCUUCCUCAGCAGUCACAAGCCCCUCUCUGAGCCCUUCCCCUUCCGCCUCUGCCUCUGCCUCGGAGGCAUCCAGUGCCAGUGAGACCAGCACAACCCAGACCACCUCCACUUCUCUGUCCUCCCCUCUUGGAACCAGCCAGGUGAUGGUGACAGCAUCAGGCUUGCAAACAGCAGCAGCUGCCGCUCUCCAAGGAGCCGCACAGUUGCCAGCAAAUGCCAGUCUUGCCGCCAUGGCUGCUGCUGCGGGACUCAGCCCAGGCCUGAUGGCGCCCUCACAGUUUGCGGCUGGAGGUGCCUUACUCAGUCUCAAUCCAGGGACCCUGGGCAGUGCUCUCAGCCCCGCUCUGAUGAGCAACAGUACACUGGCAACUAUUCAAGCUCUUGCUUCUGGUGGCUCUCUUCCAAUAACGUCCCUGGAUGCAACUGGGAACCUGGUGUUUGCCAAUGCUGGAGGAGCCCCCAACAUCGUGACUGCCCCUCUGUUCCUGAACCCUCAGAACCUCUCUCUGCUCACCAGCAACCCGGUUAGCUUGGUUUCUGCUGCUGCCGCCUCCACAGGGAACUCAGCACCCAUUGCCAGCCUUCACGCCGCCUCCACCUCUGCAGAGUCCAUGCAGAACUCUCUCUUCACAGUGGCCUCUGCCAGCGGGGCCGCAUCCACCACCACCACCGCCUCCAAGGCCCAGUGAGCAGGGCGCAGAGCCGGCCGCCCAAGGCUUUGUCACUCUGCAGUGGGAUCAGGCUGGCAGUCAGUUGGUAAACUGAGAAAAUGUGAUCGGCUUCCUCUCACUGUGUUGUGAGGGCAAGGAGACAAAGGAGAGGAGAGAAAUACACAUACCAGAAAAAACAAAGAGACAGACAACAUUUGCCUAAUUUUAUAAUAAAACACUGUCUUUUCAGGAGUGCUUCAUGGAUUGGAGAACUUUCUAACCAAAAAUUAAAAAAAAAAAAAAAAAACAGAAACAAAAAAAUCAAAAACAAAUAAGUGAAAGGACUACUUAUCAUUUCCAGCAGUCAUGAUGACAAGGUGGGUUACCAAUUCCAAUAUAGGAAGGGGAUUUCUUGUUUGUCUAAAUUUCUUUUUUCUUAAAAAAAAUCAUUUUUAUGGGUCUGUUGUACAGGCCAUUAAGUCAUAACAAGGUGUUUAUAAUCGUAUCAAUUGUGUUGGGGGUUCCUUUCUUAACUGGUACAAUUUAGGCAGGCCUGUAUUACUGUAUCUCUAUUAUUGUUGUUAUUAUUAUUGUUUUUAUAUAUAUAUAGAGUUUGGACAUGUUUAUCUCUCGCUCCUGGAUCCUAUUUCAGUGAGCUCCCACACUGUGGGGAGGGAGGGUUUUGGGGUAAGGGGAGACUUAACGUUCUUAACUGCGGGAAAUGUUCUUGAUGGUUUCCUUAUCCUUGAUGACUCUUACAGAGGUGCUAGAAAAUUAUUUUCUUUUGCCACUUAUGCAAGAGGCUUGGUGCAGAAGCUGAAGGCAGUGUGUGCGAACACUCUCACCCCACACACGCCCCUCCCCCAUCAGGUGGUGCCUUUGGAGCACUUUUGUGUAGGAAGGAAUUCCUGCUGAACUGUAGCUCUCACUCACCCCAAAUCAUGGAAUGGCCCUGAGGCCCAGGUCCUGUGGUGCAACAGUGCGCUUUCUGCUACUUCAAAUAGGAACAGCCGCAUAUGUUGUAAAGCAGGAUUUGGUUCCAAAGAGCAAAGACUACUGCAGACACCUGACUCGGUGGUUCUCCUGAUUUCUUAUCUCCUGAAAAAUGCUCCUACUGUCGAUGUAUUUGUUUGUGUGUUCCAUUUUAUGGAAGGUUUUCAUCCAAACUUGGACUUACUUGGCAGAGAACAAAUUGAUCUGUUGAAAUUGGGAAACAUUUCCUUUUUGUUUUCUAAAGGAAUUCUACUAGAGUUUAUCCCAUCAAUUGUAUAUCCAGAAGAGGUUGAGAAGAAUCUGAGGUUGCCACCUGUUCCUCUAAAGAGCUGCAGACUUCUGUCCACUGGGUGGCUUAUGACUUACUCAAACCCCUAAGAUUCUCCUCUACUCUCUAACUCACAGAGGCACUUAUUAGCCAGGCUGUACUGGGGUCUGUAGAUCCUUUGCAGAAAGGCUGAGCCGGAACUUUGCACACACCAUGUCUCCUAGCUUAUCUGAGAUACUCCUGCUAGGUAGGUCUAAUGACAGUACAUAUCUCUUUGUUCAAUGUAGAAAGUGAUUAGCUCCUGUCAUUGUUUUCAGGGUGUUUCAGACUACAUAAAUGAGCCCAUUGAAAAGAAAGAGCUUGUGCAAAUAGAUAAAGAGGAAUGAGGGUAAUUUAGAGAUUAAAUUCCCCUUUUUGCCAAUAAACUAUUAUAGUAUGUAUACCAAAAAUUUCCCCAAGAGACUGGACCACUGCAGUGCAGUUCAUCUACGUUCCCCUUCGGAGUGGAGUUAAAGGUUCCUAUUUGGUGUCUGAUGCUUGCUUCAAUCUCCAGUGGUCCCAAGACUGCACUUUGUCCCCCUUUUAUGCUGGGGUUUGAGAGAGAGCUAACAGGUGACUUUCCCUCUGAUUGCUUUGCUUGUGGCCCCAAGGGAGCUGAGAUUCGUCUGUUUGUCUCUCUUCACCACUGUUCAGAAAGGCAUUGAUACAGACACAGAUGUGUAUGUCUGUGAUUCAGGUGGGAGACAGUCAUAUUAAUAUUAAAGGUCAGAAACAUUUUAGUCCCCUUUUAAAUUUUUGUUUAGUUCCUCUGUCUGGUUUUAUUUCUCCAAGUAUUUAAUUAUCCCCCUCCCAAUUUCCUCUUCUUACCCUUCACUUUCCCUCAAAUCCCUCGAAAAUCAGUGAACUGCAAGCAGGGAAACUAACAAAUGUCCAUCCACCUGUUUUUGUGUGGUGUGUGGCUUUUUUUUUAUGUUUUUACUUUUAAACUAAGCUUGAACCAAAGUCAAAUUUUAGCACGCUGCUGUACUAAUGAACUAGUUUAUAACGUGCAGUUCAGACACAUUGAGGAGAUAGAUGCUACUGACAAUUUUUCAUUUGUCUUUAUUAAUUUUAUAUAAAAGUUGCUGCUUGUUUUUAAUCUUUUGUGUUGGUAAAUUGUAAUAUCCUCUGGGCAGACAUUACCUUGAUUUUUAGCUAGUUUAUUUAGGUUGUGUGUAAAUAGAAUGGCAGUGUCAGUUACUAAUUUCUUUGCUCUCCAUCAGCUUUUUGUCUUUUGUAGUUAAACGUAAUCUUUUAUCAUGACUUGACGUCUCUAACUUUAGUCUGUGCGGAUGAUUUUAGAGCUAUGGAUAAUGCUGUAGCUGCCUGUAGUAGAGUCCCUCCAGUGGGAAUGUGGAAGUUAAGAGGAAGGAUUCAGGGAGGGAAAUGCUGAUACCCACCAUAUUGGAUUAGAGGUUAUAGCAUUAAUUUCCCCAAAAUGCUACCAAAGGAAGGGGGAAGUCCCAAGGGACUCUAGCCCAGUGAGUUAAGAGGAAAGACAAAGAAAGGCAGUUUUGGUUUUGUUUUCUGCGGUUUAAAAAAUGAUCACUCUCCCAAAUAACGCCAACAGAUUUUAACAUUAAAGAAGAGACUAAAAGCUUUAAACAUCAGCACAGUAGUCUUUCAGUCCCUACCCUGUCUAUAUCUAGUUUCUAAUCCCCUCUUAAGGGGAUUCUGCCUUUUAUGUGAAUCACUUGAUGAGGGUAGACCUUAAACCAGCAUAAAAAUCUGUGUUGAAAAGAGAAUUAAAUCUUUAGACAAAGAUAACUUUAAAUUUUUUUCUUUUCUUUUAC